AUGUUCACGCCACGCCAUGCACAAGACCAAUACCGGCUGCGCAUGCACCGCGCGCGGUCCGUUGACCUGACCAACGACGAACUGGUCGAAGUGCGCGCCGCCCAACGGACCUUUGAAGGCGCCUACAUCCGCACCUCCCUCUCACAGUUCUCCUUUGCCCUCGUGGUCCUCAAGAUCUUCACCUCGGAAUUCUACUCCAUCGGCGCCCUGUUCGCCGUCUACGGCGCCGGCGUCCUGCUCGUGAGUGCCUACCGCCGACAGCAGGGUAAUAAACAGUUCUUCAAUGAGUUGGGCGAUGAUGGCUUGGGGAGGAAGCGGUUUCGGACCAGUGGCAAUGUGGUCGUCGUGCUCACGGCUUUGAGUAUUGCGGCCUAUAUCAGUUUGCUGGUUUUGACGCUGAAGUUGGAGACUUGA